UUGUACCAGUUUAGUCAGAAACUGUAUUACAAGGAGAGUGACCGCGUUAGUAUUAAAAAAAAAUAUUAAAAAUACCUGUCAAGAUGGGGUGUGGUGAAUUUCUAGUCAAAUAUAUCCUAUUUUUUGCCAACUUGUUCUUUGCGUUAUCAGGCCUCGCACUCCUGGGUAUCGGAGUAGCCGUUCAGCUGAAGGUCACAGCGAUAACCAGCCUCAUCGAUGGCUGGUACGAGUUCGGACCCAUCGCCACCAUGGUGGUGGGGUCCAUAGUGUUCUUCAUCGCCUUCCUUGGAUGCUGCGGUGCUAUUAGGGAGAGCAACUGCAUGUUGGUUACUUACUCAAUCUUCAUGAUCGUGCUGAUGGUGCUGAAGAUAGCUCUGGCGACGAUAGUGUUCGUGAACGCCGACUCUCUGGCCACCAGUAUCAAGAACGAGUUCAACAACGUCUUCCUUAACAACCAGACGGAGUUCCACAAGAUCGAAACCGCGCUCACUUGCUGCGGUACAGAAGGCGGCCAGUCCUACGGGGUGAACAUCGUUUCUCUGCCAUCGAGCUGCUGCGCCGAGGGUGCUGCCGCCUGUACCCUGCUCAACUCGUAUCCUGGAUGCAACUCGCGCGCCGAGGACUUCAUCAACACCUUCAGCACGGCGAUUGGAGCUGUUUGCAUUGUCGUCGCUGCGUUGGAGCUGGUGGCAGUGGUGUUCGGCCUCUGCCUCGCCAACCACGUGCGAAACAGGGACAGAAGAACACGUUACUGAAUAUCAGUCUCUUACUUCAUAUUACGACGUGAAAAGAACCGAAUGGGUCUUCAUGUCAUUUAGUCAUAAGUGCCAUUUUAAGAACAUUAAUGUCUUCUCGAAAGGGCAUAUUUUCAUUUUUUUUUCAAGAAAUCGAGAAAAACAAAUCCACGGUUUUCAUUCCGUUAUUAUUAUUUUAUUUUCGAUAUUGUACUUACGUAAAUGCUAUGGUACUACUUACGUUCCUUUACCAAAAUACAUAAAUAAUUAUUUAAAUAUCUUCACAAUUUCAGAAUUAAGCACUUUUUCAGAAUGAAUGACUAAGCCGAUUUGUUGUGGCCUUGUGAUAUAUUAACUUUUUUAUUUGUUCAUUUCAGAAAAAGUAUUUUGUGAAAUGGAAAACUUUUUAUACAGAAAUUAUAAUUAACUGCUAAUAAUAAUGUUAAUAUUAUACCUACAUGACGUUGCAUGCAAAAUACUAAUUUCAUUCAAAUUUUGAGCAUGGUUAAAAUAAACUUUAAGAUUAAAUAUAAAUAAUAGUUUUAAUAUUUAAAACGUAUUUUUGCGUAGAUACUGGGUCGGAAUAUAAUCAAAGUGUAAUAACAAUAUCGGCUAAGGAACACUGUAUAAGCAAGAAAUAAUCCCUCUUGAACCGAACUUCGAUUUUUUAACCUUUUUUAAAGAACAAGAUGUUAUUAAGAAAAA